AUGGGCAAUAAAUUAUAUGCAAAUCAAGUGAGAAGGGUUACAGAACCCUGCGAGAAGACGUUCUGCGCUUGGGGAGCUCAUUGUAUCAACGGCCCUGACGGAAGGGCGCUGUGUCAGUGCCCAACAUUCUGCAAACAGAAGGUGGAUCCCGUCUGUGGUACUGAUGGGAAGACAUACUCUAAUCACUGUCAGCUCCGCGUGGUUUCAUGUAAAGCCCGCCUUAAUACCAGAGUUAAACAUGCCGGGGAAUGUGAGCAAAGCGAUCCCUGUCGCGACAAGCAGUGUGGAUUUGGAGCCCGCUGCGUGGUAAGUUCCGAUGGUCGCAAUUCAAGCUGCGUCUGUCCAGAAAAAUGUCCCAGCUAUGGGGACCAUACCACAUCGCGUCCUGUUUGUGGAUCUGACGGUGUGGACUACAAGAACCAGUGCGAACUCCAACGAGCGGCCUGUUUGUCGAAUUCGAACAUCACAAUUAAGUUCUCCGGAAAAUGCGAUCCCUGUGCAGGAGUACAGUGUGCGGAGCCAGAGGUGUGUCAGCUGGAUGAGCACCGUAAUCCUGUUUGUCGAUGUGGAGACACUUGCCCCUUGGAGUUCACCCCGGUUUGCGGGUCCGACGGCAAAACGUAUUCCAACGAAUGUACUUUACGACAAGAAGCCUGCCGAGCUAGAAAAACUCUGAAUAUCAUCUACCGUGGAAAAUGCAGCUCAGGCAUAAACCCGUGCACGAGCGUGCGGUGCACCCUGGGCGAAGAAUGCGCCAUAAAUAAAUUCGGAAUAGCUCAUUGUCAAUGCCCGCCGGCCUGCCAGCCUAUCAUGAGGCCGGUUUGCUCCAAAGACGGUCGCACUUUCCCAUCUGACUGCGAGAUGAAAAGGGCCGGUUGUCUAGCCCGCACGACAACUGAAAUUGCCUAUACGGGAGUAUGCGGCGAGAAAGGACCUUGCAGCGAGCACGAGUGCCAAUACGGCGCUACCUGUGUUGAAAGAUCCGGCACGGCCCACUGCGAAUGCCCCAUCUGCCCGGCGGAAUUCGAGCCUGUGUGCGGGUCCGACGGAAUCUCCUACGGGAACGAGUGCAAACUCAGGCUGGAAGCGUGCAAGCACAGGAGGGACAUCACCGUACUCUACAAUGGGCCUUGCAAUGGCUGCGAGAACAAAAAGUGCGACUUCUACUCCAUCUGCGAGAGUGACGGCGCGACAGAGGGGCGUUGCGUCUGCCCCCAGUCCUGCACGGACCCCAAGCUCACCAAUGGUACAGUCUGCGGCACGGAUGGAGUGACUUACGCGAACGAAUGCGAACUGAGGGCCGGCUCCUGCAAAACGAAACAAUAUAUCCUUUUAGCCUACAAAGGGAACUGCGAUUUAUGUCAAGGAGUCGAGUGCAAAUAUGGAGCCCGUUGCGAGGCGGGCGAGUGUGUAUGCCCCACGAACUGCGAGGGAUCCGGGGACGAGCCAGUGUGUGCAUCAAACAUGAUGACAUAUCCAAACGAGUGUGAGUUACAGAAAGCGAUGUGUUUACAACCCAGGAGUUCACCCCCUUUGAGUGUCGUGUUCUACGGGGACUGUCGGGAGAGGUUUCCGGCGGCUGGAUCUUUCAGCACCACUCUUACUCCCAUUACGGCCCAAACUAACAACAUGGCAACGGGAUCGGACGUAGAACCCGCCUCACCUGACAACAUCAUCCCCGACGGUGGCAACACGGAAAAGGAGGCCUGCAGGGACAUCCACUGCGACUUCGAGGCAACCUGCGAGCUAGGACCGGACCAUUUCCCGCGCUGCACCUGCCAAUUCGACUGUGCUAGCGCCGCUUUGUCUGCCAAGCCGGUGUGCGCGUCGAACCUGCAAACUUACAGCUCGCUGUGCGCCAUGAAGAUGGAUGCCUGUCAAAGGCAGGAAGAGUUGCGGUUGAGGCCACUUGAUCUUUGCCAAGGGAUGGAAGUAAAGCCGUGCAAGGGAGAGAAGCCCUUAACGGAUCCCGCAACAGGAAGAGAACUGGAUUGCGGCAACGGCCCCUUCCGACAAGACUGUCCUUCCGGCAGCUACUGCCACCAAACGUCAAACUUCUCGCGGUGUUGCCGAAAAGACCAAAACUUCAUCGAAAAGAAAAGCUGCGAGGACAGUUGGUACGGUUGUUGCCCCGACGGGAAAAAUGUGGCGCAAGGACCGAAUUUCAGCGGGUGCCCCUCACUGUGUGGCUGUAACAAACUCGGGUCCUACUCUGAGGUCUGCGAUCCUGAAACCAAGCAGUGCAGAUGUCGCCCAGGUGUUGGAGGAGAAAAGUGCGAUCGUUGUGAGCCGGGGUAUUGGGGGUUGCCUAAAAUAUCUUCGGGAUAUCGUGGUUGUAUACCUUGCGGGUGUUCCACGUUCGGAUCGGUCCGAGACGACUGCGAGCAGAUGACCGGCCGCUGCGUGUGCAAACCCGGAGUCCAGGGCCAGAAGUGUACGGUGUGCACCAGUCACAAUAAAAUUUUGGGUCCCAAUGGCUGUAUGUCAGCGGAUCUCACGACGUCGCCUCCAACGACGUGCAAGGAAUUGACGUGUUACUUCGGGGCGGCGUGCAUCGAACGAGGGGGCUUCGCAAUGUGCGAAUGUCACGCGAAAUGCCCUGAAGACGGUGAAGUUCAAGUCGUCUGUGGCAGCGACGGGCAGACUUACAACUCCCCCUGUGAAUUACGACAACUAGCUUGUCGCCUGCAAAAGGACAUCGUGGUGCAGGCCUUCGGAACGUGCAAAGACGACAUGUUCCCGAGUACAGAUUGGCCGGUACGUCGUUACACACCCCUCCAGUUUACACAGCCGGACGAUUCGAACUCGCCUCUUUCGAAAUCCACGAGGCACUUGUUGGUACCGGACCCCAGGUACUACUACGACAGGAGGGAAAACAUACAUCCCGUUUCAUAUCCCGCUUCUGAUAAUAAGGAUUCCGAUUUCAACGAGUCUGGGCUUGGAUCUAAUGUCAUUUACCACACUCGCGGUGGUGAUUUCGCCCCAGCGUAUCGGCCUACCCCAGCGACAGUGCGUGUAGUCACGGCUUUACUAGGCGAUCUAUGUUCCGAUAACACAGAUUGCAUGAUACUGUAUAGCCAUUGUGUUAAGGGCGCUUGCACGUGCUUACCGGAUUAUUCGGAAUCGUCCGAUCGUCAAGAAUGCAUAGCGGAUUCAGAUCCUACCGACGAGUAUAGGGCUUGUAGCAGCUCCCCCUGCCACCACGCCAGUACAUGUGUCGACCUCCCAGCCGCCACAUUCACAUGCGUUUGCAGCUCAAACUUUACAGGCCCGCUCUGCGAGACCGAAAUCUUUCGGAAACAGUACGAGGUCCCCUCCUUCCACGGGCGAUCAUACGCCAGGCUGAAACCCCUGAAAGCAUAUCAUAAACUAAGCAUCGAAGUUGAGUUCAAGUCCCACUCCGAUGAGGGAAUAUUGCUGUACAAUCAACAGAAAGUUGACGGUCUGGGAGAUUUUGUUUCGCUUGCCAUAGUUAAUGGUUUUGUCGAGUUUAAAUAUAAUUUGGGGAACGGCGCCGUUCUUAUACGGUCGCUGGAUAAAAUCCAACUCGGGAAGUUUCACAGAGUUGUCUUGAAGCGGUAUCAUAGAGACGGGAUCCUCAAAUUGGACGACGCGGAGGAUGUGGCUGGCCAGGCUAUGGGCUCCCUUAAAGCCCUAGAUCUGCUCGAGGACACUUUUGUGGGAUACGUUCCUACCAACCAUACACGGGUAUACGAGAACAUCGGCACUGCGCGAGGCUUCCAGGGCUGCAUAAAAAAGUUGAAGAUUGGCAGACAGGAAAUUGAACUACACAUGAACCAACACGACUGGGUUUUGAAAACUAAAGGCAUCCACGACUGUGGUGAACACGCCUGUACGCAUUCCCCCUGUCUGAAUAAUGGGAAAUGCCUGGCGAACGAUGACUUAUACCGUUGCGAGUGCCAGCCCCGCUACAGCGGCGAUUUUUGUGAAAAACCGGAGGACCCCUGCCUGUCCGUUCCCUGUCAAUACGGCUCCAAAUGUAAGGCGCUGGAUUUUGAUUCCUUUAUUUGCGAAUGUCCGCCAGGACGUUCGGGUCAGCAUUGUGAGCUAGAAUACAAAGAUGCCCGCAUGGCAACGCCGGAGUUCAACGGGACCAGCUUUAUACGAUUUCCACGAUUGGAAGGCAUUAAGAAGAAAUUUUCAAUUGAAAUUUCCUUCAUGCCGAAAGCGUCUAAUGGCUUAAUAUUGUACAACGGGCAAAUGAAAAAUGGUCGGGGUGAUUUCAUUUCCUUGAAUCUUGUCGGUGGACACCUUCAAUUCCGCUUCAACUUGGGCAGCGGGAUUGCCAACUUAACGAGCAGAGAGGCCGUGACCUUGGACAAAUGGCAUUGGGCUCGUAUAUCUCGAGAAGGGCGGGGAGGCGUUCUGCAAUUGGAUAACUCCAGCAUAGUUCGGGGGUUUUCUGGUAUUCCGCUAACAGAGUUAAAUCUAGAAACACCCUUCUUCCUUGGAUCUUUAUCCAAUUGGAAAGAAAUUCAUCGACUGUCCGGGUCAUCCGAGGGAUUUAGAGGAGCUAUACAAAGGAUUAUUGUUAAUGGUAAUCCGUUGCCAAUAUCAGCCGUAUUGCCCUAUUGUAGCACUUCUACAUCACAUAACAAAUCUGGAUGCAGUUUUAAUAUAGGAUAUUAUGACGGAUUGCCCUGUUCCGCAAAUAAAAAUCCGUGUCUGAAUAAUGGGCUUUGCGUUCCCGAACUUGAAGAUUUUACUUGCCAGUGUCCUUCCAGUUAUAAGGGGAAAUACUGCGAAAUAGUAAACGAAGACAGUUUGGCCAUCAAAUUCAAUGGAAACACAUAUCUGCAAUACAGAAACAGAGGCUACAGAAGAAGAAAGCCGGAAAGGGGAAAUAGGUAUGAAAUACACGUACGCACAUUUGCAUCUGACGGACUUCUACUAUGGAGGAGUAAAAACCGAAAUUUGGCUGAAGACUACCUUUCUGUAGCCAUUGUAGACGGAUUCGCGGAACUCAGUUACAAUUUAGGACAACAACACUCGUUUUGGGCCAUCAGAUCCAAGACGAGAAUUGACGAUGGACAAUGGCAUACAAUUCAGAUAAGAAGAAGGAAAAGGGUGGGUUUUAUAUCUGUGGAUGGAAAGUUUCCCACAAAGGGCAUCGCUAGAAGUGGAGCCAUAUCUCUACGCACCAAUUCCAAACUAUGGAUAGGAGGAGCAUCAUCAUUACCGCCAGGCUUACCAAGCGCUUACUACAGGGGAUUUGAGGGAUGUGUCAAGAAAAUACUAGUGAAUGCUAGGCAAUUAGAUAUGUUAGCCAAUAACGAUAUAAGCAAGAUAAACUUUUGCCAUGAUAAUGAAAUCUAAUACGACACGUAUAUUUGUUGCAAAAUACUACGUUUGCAAUACUAAAGAUUUUAAACUGUGAGACUGAUAUUGUACUCCUGACUUUUCCAUUUUGAAAAUUAGCUAGAUUAUAUUUUGUCGUUGUACAUAGGUGUACUGUUUAAAUAAUUGUUUGGAAAUUUUUUCGAGAGCUUCAGUAAAUAGACCAAAAAAUCCAAGUCCUCAGUUGAUUCUUUAUAAAAAAAAAUAGGCAAUAGAUGAUAUUUAUAAAACAGGGUAUCGGUGUUUUGGCUAAAUAAUAUUUAUUUAUUUAUUUCGUCGUUCUCUUACUAUUUUCACCUUCAUUAAAUAAUGUGAUAAAGAUAUAGCGACUAGAUGUUACGAUAUAUAUAAAAAUUCUAAAAUAAAAAAGCUUAGUAGUAGGAUAGACGUUUGUUAGUGAAAUAUUUACGAAUAUAUAUUUAGAAAUUCCCUGCAAGAAAGAUUAGGACAGUUUAUAUAUGAUUUUGGUGUCUAAUGAAAAAAUUUGUAUGUGUGAAACACAUUUUUUGGUCUAUUUUACAAUAAAUGUUACAUGAGCAGUGCAUAAGAAGUAUUACAUACUAUUAAUGUUUGUGUCUAGUCUUAUUUUUUAUUUCAGCAGUACUUAACCUUUUAUUUUGUUCGAUGUAAGUGCCAUAACAUUUCUCUCAACAAGGAAGUUUCAAAUUUGGCCUAAAACAUUUGUAGCUUAAUAACCUUACUUUUAGUUCUACUAAUAUCUUUUAUUCGGGAAUAAAGCAAGCUACAACUUGAUUUACAAACAGAUUUGUUCGUACAAAAUUAAUUAUAGCGUCCGCGACGCCACAGUGUUUCUUAUGUAGUUUGUUUUACUCUGGUUUCUAUGUAAAUGUGUAAGAUACUCACGUCUCUAAGCCAAAAUAUUCUAUUAAACGUGUAUAAAGCUAACUGUAGAUAUAAUAAUCAGUAUGACGUGAUGUUCCUUCCAAAUAAAUUAAAGAACAAUCAUAUCCAAAAGGCGUAUCAUUGUGUUGACAUAUCUUUGCGCAUGUCUCUACUAGAGGAAUACUAGAGGAUGUUAGCAUAAGCAAACAAUAAAUAAUUCUAAAUUCAUCAUGUAUUCGUUCCCAGUGUUCUCACCACUAAUUUCCUGUGACGUAACUGUCUUAAGUCAGUGUUGAUAUUGUUUAACCUUGAGAAUCCAUGUACAUAGCUUUAAUAGGAACUGUUACGUUACUUUACGUUUUAGGGUGGACUUAAAGUUAGCGUAGUUAGUGAAAUUAACAACUCAUUGUAACUUUAGUUGACUUUUAUUUUUAUUAUAGAUUUCUGUAAAAUACGCUAUAAAAUAUAUUUUUUUCGUACUAACCAAACGACUUAUCAUUCCCCAUACAGAAACAUCCAUUCAU